CGUUAAAUGGCUGACCCACGAGAAUUAUAUUUUUGAUAUAUGCCACUAAGGCUGAAAUAUUACAGUAUAUAAUGACAAUAUAUAACCAAAAAGGAUGAAUUUUUCUCCUUUCGGAAGUCACUUUUCCUCAUCCAUACCGGGUAUUCAUCAAUUCGCUGCCAAGCUGUCUCAAGAUGUUCCUUCGACGGCUUUUUCAAAUCCCCAAGAGGACUUACUUACCAACAACAGAUAUACCGCCAACGGCAUUCCGACUUUUACACAGCAUCACCAUCCAGCUCAACAAGUGAUCCCAAACUCCACCAAGAGCAAUGGAAACUACCUCAAUACCCAGAAUAUUUAUACUCAACAGAAUUCUGUUCGAAGGCAGGGAUUUGAACAACAAGGUUUUGAACUGUUUCAGAAUAGAAAUCCGGAGAAACUCAAUGUCAAUAAUAGCGAUCUUAAUAAAAAAAAAGAGCCAGAUGUAGGUUUGAAACCUCACCACCAGAUUAUCCAAAACAAUAACCACCACCACGCGCCUAGUUCAACAACUGUGCUGUCCAAUGCCUGGCAGAGUCUAACCGCAUCCACUACCACCGUGGCGGAUUAUCUGUCACAACUUCCGACCUCUACUCUUCCUCUUAGCUUGCACGAAUUUUUGAAGUACUCUGCCGAGAGCUUAAAGAAAGACCCUACAAUCAGUCAACCGAUCGCGUUGCCAGGCAACGGUGAAUCCAGUUUGAAUUUGCUGAACAACGGUGCGAUCAAUGUUAAUCAUCUGAAUAUCGGAAAUGGAGGGAAUAGUACAAACAAUGUCAGCACGCUUACCAAUUUGACGACUAUCAAUACUGCCCAUUUACAAAGCAACCCUAUAACUACUACUAGUCCUAAAAAGAAGAAAAAGAAAAAGACCGAAAAGGAGAAGAAACCUAAACCAAAACCAGGUGAAAUUCGAUUGUCUACUGCGUUGGAUGGUUCCACUCUAUAUUGCUGUCCGGAAUGUCACAUGGCUCUGCCUGAAAGAGACCUCCUGGAACAGCACAUGAUGGGACAUAACAUGGAGCGUAGAUUCGUGUGCGAUAUAUGUGGAGCGGCUCUGAAACGUAAAGACCACUUGACCAGGCACAAGCAGAGCCACAAUCCCGAGAGACCCUUUGUAUGUUCUGUAUGCCUCAAAGCCUUCAAAAGAAAGGAGCAACUGACUCUGCACUUCGUCAUCCACUCAGGAGAAAAGAGGCACAUUUGUAGCGAAUGUGGAAAAGGGUUCUAUAGAAAGGAUCAUUUAAGGAAGCACACCCGAUCCCACAUUGCGAGGAGAGUUAAGGCGGAGUUGUCCCAACAAGGGAACGGAGUUCAUAUUUCUUCCUAGUCAUUUUAAGCUCAAACCAGAAUAUAUACACCAACAUACUUAUUCUAAGAAAAGUGAUAAGAGUUAAAUAAAGCAAUUAUUAUCAGAAAUUCUGAUUUUGCUGUUAAUCUAAUUAAGGAAAAAAAGUUUUAAGUGAUUAUAAACUUAGCAGCAAAGAAAAGUUGGAUUUCCUCAAAAAUGUUAAUCGUAUUUAAACAUUUGUUAAAUAAUUGACGAAUAUAGAUAACACACCUAAAUUUUCUAAUAUUUUGAUACAUCUAUUUGUUUAAACUAUCUAUUGUUUUUAGAAAACAGUCGUGGCAAAACUGUAAAAAAUAAGA